UCUUGCUCAAUACAACCACCCUUCAUACUCUCAUCAGGUUCCAAAUUCUUUAGAAAAAAUGGCUGCGAAAAGGUUUUUUGAUAAUUCUGAUCAAGACCCUGAUAAGCCAAACGACAAACGAAUGAGAGCUACUAGACCUUCUUUUGCUUCGGUAAUAGGAGAAGUGGUUAUGGCGAAAAACUUGCAAAACCUUUUAUCAGGCUUGGAACCUUUGCUUAGAAGAGUGGUGAGUGAAGAGGUUGAUAGAGCUAUGAGACAACGCUGUCCGCGCUCUAUUACUAGGUCUCCUUCAAUGAGAAUCCAAGCAAUGGAACAACAAUCAAGCUUGCAACUCUCAUUCAACAAAAGGCUUUCACUCCCAAUUUUCACAAGUAGCCGAAUACUUGACAUUGAUGGUAACCCCAUCAACAUAAUUCUUGUUAACAAAAGUGAUGAUGGCCAAAUGGUUCAAACAAGUGUUCCUUAUCCAAUAAAGCUAGAGAUUGUGGUUCUUGAUGGAGAUUUUCCACCAAAUGAUAAUGAGGAUUAUUGGACAAGUGAGCAAUUCAAUAACCACAUAGUGAAAGAGAGAACUGGUAAGAGACCAUUGAUUGCAGGAGAAUUGAACCUUACCAUGAGGGAUGGAAUUGCACCAACUGGUGACAUAGAGUUCACAGAUAACUCUAGUUGGAUACGUAGCAGGAAGUUCAGAGUUGCAGUGAGGGUGAGUCCAGGGAAUAAUCAAGGUCUUCGGAUUCGUGAAGCCAUGACCGAGGCAUUUACCGUGAAGGAUCACCGUGGAGAAUUGUACAAAAAACACCACCCACCAAUGCUUCAUGAUGAUGUGUGGCGCCUAGAGAAGAUUGGGAAAGAUGGAGCUUUCCACAAAAAAUUGUCCUCAGAGGGAAUCAAAACAGUACAAGACUUUCUCAAGUUAGCAGUUAUUGAUCCCCGUAGGUUAAGAAAGAUUUUAGGCAUUGGUAUGUCAGACAAAAUGUGGGAAGUGACAAUCAAGCAUGCACUAACUUGUGACAUGGGCUGCAAGAUCUAUAUAUACCGUGGACCUCAUUUUACUAUUUUUCUGAAUCCAAUAUGCAGAUUAAUUAGAGCUGAUAUAGAUGGACACAUAUUUCCAAGCAGAGACCUAAGCCAUAUGAAUAAGGUACACUAUAUAGAAAAAUUGGUGAGAGAAGCAUAUGCAAGAUGGCAUACCUUGGAGGAAAUUGAUGCUGUUUUGAAUGAUAACAUUGCUUUGUUAACCCAAGGUGAUCAAACAGUGGAGCAAUAUCCAAACAAUCAUCCAGCAUCGGUAGUAACAUAUGAACAGAACGAUUAUUAUGGUGACAAAUCUGUAGAGGUUUCAAGCUAUGUACCUAGCAAUAACACACAAAUGGGAUGCUAUGAGUGGCCACUGAAUCCAGCCUAUACCACAGCAUCAUUCUCAAAUGGAUUUCCUUAUGGCUUUUCAGAGUCUCAAUCAGAUGAUUGCAUAAAGCCUUCAGGUUCGGGUUCUGUUGACAUUGAUUAGGUGUACUAAAAGCUCCUGCACAUGUAUAUUCUAUAUAUAUAGUCACACUACUUACAAAUAUGUAUAAGGUCCGUAUGUAAUUCAGGUAAACCUUACACAUGCUUGUAAGUGGUGUACCCCUAAAUACUGUUCCACGCAAACAUAAAAAAUAAAGGCACUCUAGCACAAGUAGUGAAGUACUUUGACUUUCUGCUGUAUAUACAAGCAAGUGCAAGCAGUGGAGGAAUCAAACUGCCACUACACAGGGCAGUGUUGCUCUGUUAUCAAAGUGUUUAGCUAUAACCAAAGACUAUGAAGUGUUGUAAGUUUGUAACAUGACAUCUAUAAUGUAAUCCUAUGUCUUUA